AUGGGUACUGAAGAAAUUGAAAUAGAGUUUAUUGAGAAUGCUCCCUCUAUGGCUAUGUCGCCCUUGAAGACACAGGGCAAAAUUGGAGCGGAGAUCCUUGACUCUCAUAUUUAUGAGGACCAUGGGAACCCUCAUCAGGCGGCGCUGGACAUCAACGCCGAUGGCAGAGUCUCUGCAUCGACUUGGGCAGCGGUGUUUUUCCUGGGCAUGACAUUCCUUCCAUCGAUUACUUUCUCACUGAGUACUUUUGUCCCGGUUGCAACCACAGUCGUCCUAAAGUUACAAGGCAAUACAAAUAAUGUCAAUUGGCUUGCUGGCGGAUGGUCUGUGAGCGGAAGUGUCGCCUUUGCCAUUGCCGGUCAACUAAGCGACUAUAUGGGACGGAAACAGGUUGUGGUGACUGGACAAGUGUUCUUGCUCAUUGGCCACCUCGUUGGGGCCACUGCUCAGGGGUUAAACCAGAUAAUUGCCGCGAUGGUGAUCAUUGGAGCUGGCACUGGAACUGUUUUUGUAAUCUAUGCGAGUAUAUCAGAGAUACUCCCCAACAAAUGGAGGCCAUUCGGAAUUGCAUCGCCCGAGUUCCUCCUAUGUGUAGUGGGUUCGUUCGGCCCGGUAAUGGCAAGAAAGCUCACCCAGGAUGUUACAUGGCGAUGGAUCUUCAUCAUAGGGGAGAUCAUUGGUCUUAUUGCUACAGCCGGUACAUUGAUCUUCUACAAGCCGCCUAGGCGCACCUUUCAGGAUCGCACCAAGCUUCAGGUUCUGUCUGAGCUGGACUAUCUCGGCAUAUUCCUCUAUGCAGCAGGCGUGACCUUGUUUCUGCUCGGCCUAGGUUGGCCCGGUAUUACCUAUCCUUGGAAGAGCGCCGCUGUGAUUGUCCCUAUAACACUUGGUGGCAUCUUAUUUUUGUGCACUUUUGUCUGGGACUUUCGGGGUCGUGUUGGAAGACCACUUUUCCCCUAUCGACUGAUGGGUAGAUUCAGGGAAUUCACGUCCCUACUUAUUAUAAAUUUUGCCUCUGGCCUUGCACACAUCGCUCUGGCCAAUUUCGUACCCCAGCAAAUCCAACUUGUUUUUACAUCGGAUCCCACUCUUGCCGGAUGGUUCAACACUCCAGCUGGCCUCGGGACCUUUAUUGGCGGAUUCGUGCUCGGCAGUCUGGCCCGGAAGCUCAAACACUUUCCUCAACAGCUUCUUAUUGCCAACGCGAUCCAGGCUCUCGGUUGCGGUCUUUUGGCAAUUGCCACUCCCGAUCGAAUUCCCGCCGGACUAGUCAUUCAGGGAAUUGCCAAUGCUCCUUUUGCAUGGACUCUUGUUCUUAGCUACACUACCGCGGGGCUUCAUGUUCCUCAACGAGAUAUAGGUCUGGCGCUUGGCCUACUCGGCGCCUCUCGUUAUCUCGGUGGAGCAAUAGGUUCUACACUCUUCAAUACUAUUCUCCGCGCUAGGGCUGCCAAAAGCAUCCCAAUGAGAGUUUUGGCGGCAGUGGAACCUCUCGACUUCCCUUUACCGCGUGUAGGUGGCCUUAUAGCUGCCCUAACGUCUGGUAAUGCCGCCAGCCUGGCCGCAUACCCUGAAAAUGUUGUUGCUGCUGGAAAAUUGGCGGUUCGUUGGGGAUACAGUGAUGCGUUAGCCUACGUUUGGUAUGCAUCUAUACCAUUCUGUGUCAUAGCAUGCGUUGCUUGUCUGUUUGUUUUGGACCCUUCGCCUUAUCUGACCAACCAUACCGCCGUUGUGACUUCAGAUACUGCUUUAGCAAACAAGAAGAGCGAAGCUAAAGGCAGUGUGUAA